AUGGGAAAAUAUUCCUUGGAAAAUCUUCUACGUUUUUCGGAUCGUGGAGCAUCGAGUCUUGCUACUUCACUGCUAGAUGAAAUAGUGAGUAAAGAUGAGGUGGAUGAGUUGAGUCCUCUUUACCGACUCGCUAACUACAAAAAGGGGGGAUAUCUCAUCGAGAGAUAUCUUAUGGACGGACAGAAGGAACUGGAAAGUAUAGCUGCAAAUGAAAUCAAACAGUAUAUGUAUGCCAAUGGAACUGGAGAAUCUCGAGAAUGUGAUAUAAAUUUCCAGGAUACAAACACUUCCAGCAACGUUUCUAAAAGGGAGAAGAAAAGACGUACCAUUUGCUGGAAACUGGAUUGCAGGGGAAUGUUAGGAGAAUCGCUUUUGCAUCUUCUGGUUAUAUGCAACACCGAUGUCCACACUCACAUUGCGAUACUUCUGUUGGAAAUGUACCCUGCUUUGGCGCAAGAUAUAGUAGAAGGAGAAGAAUAUUACGGUGCCAGUGCAAUGCAUUUUGCCAUUGCCUACGAAAAUGCAAAGUUAAUGAAAAAACUCGUAGAAAUAGGAGCUGAUGUCUUGCAGAGGGCGAACGGAAAAUUUUUCAUGCCUAUUGAUCAACAAUGGCCGAUUCCUCGAGCCAAAACCAAUUUUGAAGGACUGAGUUAUUUCGGAGAGUAUCCACUAGCCUGGGCAGCCUGCUUCGACGAUGAAUCCAGUUAUAACUUGUUACUGAAGCAUGGAGCAGAUCCUAACUUGCAAGACACUUUUGGAAAUAGCAUUUUGCACGUGUUGGUAAUUCGUGAUAAACUGAAAAUGUAUGGUUAUGCUCUUCGUCAUCCUACGCGUCCUGCUUCAGAUCAGCUGUGUAAUAAGUUUGGUCUCACACCUCUCACAUUGGCCUGUAAACUUGGAAGGAACACCAUAUUCAGAGAGAUGUUAGAAUUCAGUUCAUUGGAAUUCUGGCGGUACAGUAACAUUACAUGCUCUGGUUACCCUUUAAAUGCUCUAGACAGCCUGCAACCGAGCGGAAGAGCAAAUUUGAAUUCAGCUUUGAUGAUAAUCCUUAAAGGUAAUUCAAGCGAACAUUUGGAUAUGUUGGAGGGAGGCGUCAUUCAGCGCUUACUAGAAGAAAAAUGGAAAACUUUUGCCCAGCGAUAUUUUUAUAAAAGAUUAUUUAUGAUGCUAUUUCACUUGCUAAAUCUCAGUAUAGCUGUCUUUCUUCGACCCACGACUCGUGAACCCUUACUAGGACGAAAGGAUGCCGCGUCAAUUGUUCGUUAUUACGCUGAAAUAGCAACUUGUCUCGGAUGCAUUGGAUUCGGUAUUUUUCAACAAAUACAAGAAAUUCUUGCUCAAGGACUCUCUGGCUUUCUGUUAAGCUUGACAACAAGCCCUACUAAGUCGACAUUUGUCUUAUCAUGCCUACUUAUACUUUCCUGCAUACCUUGCCGAGUUGUUGGUGACAGAGAAACUGAGGAUAUUCUACUAGUUUUAGCGAUUCCUGGAUCAUGGUUUUAUCUAAUUUUCUUUGCCGGGGCUGUACGUUUAACGGGACCUUUCGUGACCAUGAUCUACAGUAUGCUGGUCGGAGAUAUGUUCCGUUUUAGUAUAAUAUACGUGAUUUUCCUUUUUGGAUUCACUCAAGCAUUCUAUUUCCUCUUUAAGAACCCACCAAUGGAAAGGACUGAUAGCAAGAAAAGAUUCUCUUCGUAUUCAGUCACGUGGAUGGGUCUUUUUCAUAUGACUCUCGGAUCUUACGAGUACGAAGAGAUUAGAGAGACAUAUUAUCAGAAAUUAACACAACUAGUAUUUGCCAUGUUCAUGGUAUUUACACCAAUCCUUCUUCUGAAUAUGCUCAUAGCUAUGAUGGGUAAUACCUACUGUGAAGUUAUAACUCAAUCUGAGAAGGAAUGGGUUAAACAGUGGGCCAACAUAAUCGUUGCUCUAGAACGAGCCAUUGACAGCAAAUCAGCCAGGGAGUUCAUACAGUCUUACUCCAUUAAAAUGCCCUCAUCAGAUAAAGACACGGAAAUCAGAGGAGUGAUAGUUAUUAAAACUAAAUUGAAGUCAAAAGCAAAGGAGAAGAAGCAGGCUCUUGCACUCUGGAAGCGUGUUGGAAAACGAACAGUACAAGAACUGCGAAAAGCAGGCGGCAGUGCUGCUGAGGUAAGACGAAGAUACAAUUUAUUUCGUUCAAAACAACCAACAGCUCGUUUGCGAAUGGGUAAAGUGGUACAAGAAUGGAAUCCAACACCUCAACCACUUCUUCCUCGAAGCAAUACUAUACCUAGUAUGAAAACAGACUCUACUACUACACCAAAUGCAGGUUUCAAUGAUCUUUUGUCGCAAGUAACUUCUGCUUCUGGUAUUGACAUAGAAAAACUAAGCGGACAAGGUGAAAUUUGCGUAAAAAAUACUAAUAACAGUGAAUUGCUUGCAAUUCCUCAAUAUACUGAAUGUGUCAAAGAUACAGGUCUCAUAAAUGCUGCAUUUGAAGGUGAUCUAGGGCACGGACAAGAUAAAACAUAUGAAACAAUUAUGCCUAAUGCUAAGCUUAUGAGUGAAGAUUUGUUCAGCAUGCACAAUCCUGAGAAAGAUAUCUCGAUGGUUCCACAUACUUUACCAGUCGCAAAAUCUCUGCAAUACCCACAAGCAAAUCAAAUUUUAAGUACAGAUAUUUAUCAAAGUACACCUUUACAAUUAAUAAAAGGUCAUGGUAUAUCUGUAAAUGUUCAUACACAAAUAUCAGGCAGAAAAAUCACCAAAGUUCGAAACUGGAAAAAAAGGGAAGGUGUAGGGUUUAAAAAUAAAAAUGUUUCUGACAGUACUUCUGAAAAUGAAACUGACUUUAUAUGCAAAAUGAAAGAUACAAAACACAUUGGAAAUCUGAGACAUAAACUUAGAAAACGAAGGAAGAGAAACCAGAUUUCUUUCCAAGAAAAUAUAUCUGUAGAUAAUGUUCUACACAAUUUUCCAAUUUCUGUAGAGACCAGAAUUCACAGAACAAAUGGAGAUGCUCCAUAAGUUACAUGGUUUAAAUUCAGUAAAGGUUCUAAUCUUUUUAUGCCUUGCCAAGUACUUCAAUAAAAUUUCUAUGAUGCUGUAAAAAAUGCAAUGUUUUAUCUUUCAUAUAUAUUAAAACGUUCUUCGAUGGUAAUGAAAUAAGAAGCACACAUUUUUAUAUAUACGUAUGUCUGCACAGAAACCUAACAGAAAAAAUUAUAAGUAUGAAUUUAAUGCUUUUAAAUAAAACAAAAUUUCUUGCAUUCCAAUUUUAUUCAUUUUAGAACAAUGUUUACAAAACUGCAACUACUCUUUCAUGAGUGAGCAGUAGUAUAACAUACAAUUUAUUAUCAUGGCAAAAGACAGCACCCAAAGAUACUUUAUACGGGGGAAAAAUUAAGAAAAAAAAUUUCCCCUUUUUCAUAUCACUUUAUAUCUUCAUUAAAAAUGACUUAGCACAUAAAAAUACCUACACUGACAGCUGCUCACAUGAAAAGCAGUGAAAAGUAUGAAUUUAAUGAAGAAAAUUAAGAUCCAGUUACAGAAAUGACAUCUGUACAAUGAAACUUGUACUUGAAAUGUUGCACAUGUUAUUUAAAUUCCUUGGAAAAGAAAUCUCAUUUCUGGUUCAGAGGUGGGGUCAACAUACAUAAACACACUAUGCAUACAAUCCACAAAACAUACUUUAGAACAACAUUCUAUUUCUUACAUUUUUCAUGCUUUAACUUGUGAAAAAUUUUAAGCAAUUUAAAAAUGUAAUAAUAAACAUUCUAAGCUACUACUCUCGCUCAAUUAUACUUAAAACUUUUGGUUCUUUUUAAUUAAAUGAAAUGUAGACCAAAGAGGAAUGCUACAACAAAAAGCUAAACAUAUAUACCUUUAAUGAAACUUCAUCAAAAAAUCUUAUUACUUAGAAUGAAUUUGAAAAAUUUAAAACUAGAGAUAAAAGGUGGAAGGGAGAAAAGUUAUAGAAAUAAAUCAUAAAACCGAAAAUCAGGUUAAAUUUUUGUCUUAUAAACACAUUAUCUUUUCAAAUAAAUAUUUCAAUAUUCUGUGCCUCACAAAAUACCUAAAAAUUUUACACAUAAAAACUUUUAACUAAAAGCAUAUUUUAAUAGAAAAAACUAAAUCUUUUGUAGAGUAUUUUUUAUUCCUUUGCCUCGUAUAAUUUAGAAAACUAGAACGAUUUUUCAUUGAAAUUUAUUAAUAAAAUGUCUCAUUACAUGGUUUAGAAAUAGUUCUUUGUGAACCAUAAAUUACAAUAAUGUUUCAUAAUAUUAUACUUCUAAUAAUACACCUUUUCUGUUCAGUAAACUGAUUAAAAUGUUAUAUUUUUGAAAUUCCCAAUCUGUAGAAAAUCAUAAAAGAGCUCAUAAACAAAGUAUCACAGAUUUCACAAGCAAUUCUCAUAUACUACAGCAUUCAAAUCCUAUUCAUAUGGCUUGUUAGCUAUUUUAUGUAAAUACACAGAUUUUCUGUAUGUAUGUUAUAAUUAAUCAUUUUACAACAAAAUAAGAAACAAAAAUUUUUUAAUUUGUUUAGGAAUAAAUUAUAUUCCAUUUUCACUUUGCAUUAAACUAAUUUUUUGCUGAAAAAAUACAACAGGAAAUGCUAUCAAAACAUUUCUGCAUUUACAUAAAUUUUUUUCCUCUUCAAUGAAGUCAUAAGACAGCACGGCACACUUCCUAUGAAUGCCCUAAAUCUCCUUUUAUAUAAUAUUGCACUACUGCUUCCAAUAAUUCAAAUGAAUGCAAUAAAAAAAAUUUAUACAAAAUAUUGCUUAUGUUAUACAACAUUCCACAAUGUUACGAUAGCACUAGAUAUCAAUUAUGCAGUAGAUUACUAUGGAAAAAAAACAUGAUAAAGUAUGUGAUAACAUGAAAAACAAUAAAUAAUGAUGAAAUAUGCAUUAUGAACAGAAAAUGGCAAUCAAUUUUUGACAUAAUGGAACUUAUAAAAGUAUGCUUCUUUCAAGAUUUGAAAUAUUGGCAUCACAAAUUAAAUAAUAAAUCAGUUAUUUCCUUUACAAAUACCAAGUCUGUGGAUGGUUCUGUAUGCAAAGCUCUAAAGUACAAACUUUUAUUCAUCCAAAUAUUAAUACUUAUCAGUUUUUAAUUAUCUUAGAUGGUACAGGAUUAUUUGAAAAUGAAAUUUUUCUUUUGACUUAAUGCUCCUACACAUCAGCACUGAUUAAUAUGUACAGAAACAUGAUUUCAUAGUUUUUUUGCAUUUCAAACUAAAAAUGCACAUAAAACUAAGAAAGUAUCAGCUGUAUUUCACUUAAUUUUCACUCUAAAGAACAUUAACUGCAUUUUUAAAAGUAAAACAACAUGAUUUUUCAAAGUACUUGCUUCUUAACAGUAAGACAAAUAUUUGAUCACUGCUGACCUUUUAAUUACCAUUCCAAAGUUGGCUCUCAAAUCGAAAACUUUUCGAUCACUCUUUUAGAGUUAACAUUUAUUUUAUGGAUGCCUUUACACCUUAAAGACAUAACAUAUCAUACUUACCAAAAUAUAACCAGGAAAAGUAAAAGUUACUAUUUACAAGGGAAAGUGGUUUAUCUAAAUAUUGGCAAUGAAUGCAAGUUUUAUAAUGAUAUUCAAUGAGAAAUUUAAAAAUGCAAAUUAUAUAUGUUUUACAUAAUCAUGGUAACGAACGGACUAUAUUAUUACGGUAUUAUAACGAACAUCUUCCCAUGCUAAUUUUCGUCGAUCAAAAUUUGGUAGGAAAAGUAGAAAUUUUCCUCAAAAAUAAAUUUAAAUAAAAUGCUUGAAGUAAAAUGAGACAAACUUUUUUCAUUCCUUAGAUAAUAGUAUACAAAAAGAAAGUACCAUUCACAAUAUUAGGAACUCAUCCACACAUGAAAUGUAUAUUUUUUUAUAAAGGCUUGAAAUGAAUAAGCUUUCCCUUUUUCUUUAAUGCUUCAUGAGAUGCAAAGUUUCCUGAUGCAAUAAUUUUAUGCUAAUAAACUAAUCAAUAAAAUAUUUCACAAAAUUUCCUGUUUUAAUAUUCAAAGUUGCUUUUCUUUAAAUAGCAGGCAAUAAGACAUUUAAAAAAAAACUAGUAUUUGUGCACAAGUAAUGCAUUCUUCUGAUUUUUAGAUUUUAUAAAUUAACAUACACAUUCCCACAACUGAAGUUGGAGAUUACACAAUAGACUUCCUUAUUAAUGUUUAAGCCACUGCUAGUGAAUUUAAAUUGCACCUUAUGACAACAUCAGAAUAUAUGUAAGGCCAAUGAAAGCAUAUUGCACAGCCUAAGCACAAAGAAAGAUGCCUUUAAAUAGAACUUUAAAUAAUGCAGCUGAAUAUCCAAGAAAACAUUAACAAUAUUAUUUUUGACAUGGAAGACAUUUUCUUAUGGGUUUCCUUUGUAAGUUACCCCAGAAAAAAGUGUGUAUAUGAAAAACCAACUUAACCACCAUAAAAGAAUACAUUUGUUUCAGAGACUAUUACCUAAAUAAUCAUUUUUGAUUUAACAAGAACAGCAGUAGUAAGAAAACAUGCAAGUUUUUUUUUUUUUUUUAAUCUACUACUCUGUUUAGUACAACUAAAUAUAUUGAAGACCUACUACAACUAAAUAUAUUGAAGAGUAGAUUUGUAGAUUUUAAGAACUGAAGAAUACCAGCUUUUUUAUGGCUUUAACUUUCAACUGCAGAUGAAUGACAGCACGUCUCUUCAAUUCUGCAUCACGUUUUACUGAAAAUGAGUAAAAUUCUUAAAAGCUUAUUAUCUUCAAAAUGCAUUUUAAUAUAUAGAUAAGCAAAUGCAAAAACAAUACAGAAAUUUUCCAUCUGAACUAUAUCGAACCCAUUUCAAGUUAUUGAAAGGAUGAACCAGCAGACCUUUCAGCACAUUUGAUGCUUGAUAACAAACUGCUGGUUUGCGACAUCUUAGAAUAAUUCUCAUAUAUAUCUGCAGAAUAUGAAACUGCCAAGAUUAGAAAGGAUAUAAAGGACAAAAGCAUUUUCAAACAAAGAAAAUUUUCAGGUCUAAAAUCAUAUGCAGACAGUGCUAAAGUUGAAAGCAAAGAUAUGAAGUGCAAUGGAAAACAGUUCUAUAAAUAGCAAGAAAGUAAUACAAAUGGAUGAGAACAUGGAGAUUAAAAAAAGCAAAGGACUAAGAUGCUAGAAAAAUGAGACUGAGCAACUAUGCAGAUCAAGCACAUUCAUACUUUUGUUUUUAGAAAAGUGUUUACAGCAAUCAGUCAGUACAGACUUUAGAUAUAAUAUAAAUGUACAAUAUACAUGAUGGCCAUUUUAAAGUGGAGAAGCAUGAAUAAUUGAAAAUAUUUUUUUACAUUUUUGCAGCAAUUAGUUAUAAAAUAUGUAUUUUGAUCCUGAAUUUAUGUCUUUUCCUCCUGAAUUCAUAUGAAAAGAUACAAAAUAUUGGAAUUGUUACGUACAAGAUUCACAGCAAUCAAAUAUUAGGCAUCUAUAACAAUUCUGUUUGUACCAGAUUAAAGCAAUCGAGAUCGGAAUUAAUAUUAUUCAGUCAAUUACCAAGUUUGAAAUCUUAGUUUUUGAUUUAUGACGUUCUGAUGAAAAUACUUUCCUGUUAUUUUAAGCAUACUUUUUCAUUCAAAUGCCGAUUAUCAAUUUAUGCAUAUAAGAAAUAAGAGGAAGAUGGUAUGAAAAGGAAGUUUAAGUCCAAUAAUUUUAUAACUUAAAACAACUCAAACACAUCUCAGUUCUGAUAAUUCUCAAUAACUCAAUAUACAUGGAGUUAUUCAUUCUUAUUCUACUUGAAAAUUACUUCUGAAUGCUAAAAUUGCUGAUUAAAUGUCUUAAUUUAUACAACAAAGAAUGCAAAUCAGUAAUUCUUAAAAUAAUUUUAAUUCACCAAGGAAAAUAUAGAAUAAAUUUUAUUAAAGUUACAUCAGUUUUUUAUUAUUAUUAUUAUUAAAGAAGCAAGAUACAAGGUGCUAUUUCCCCUUAAAUUUCUUUUUAAAAAAACUACAUUACAUGUUUUAUUAAGACUUAAUUUAGGUGAUAUCUACCUUUCAAAGAGAUUACAUAUGAUUAAAGCAAGAAGGAUAAUUGAUUAGAAAUUUCAGACACAAAUGACAGACUUAAAAUUACCCGCAAAUAUUGCAAUUUGAAUUUUUGUAAUCAAAACAACCAAGUUAAGGGAGCACGAACUUCCAGGGCAUCACAAAACAACAUUUAUGCACAAGUGCAAGAAACUAAGCAAAAAAGCAUAUUGUUUAUGCAAAUGCAAAAAAAAAAAAAAAAAAAAUGAUGCAGUUUCUGGACAACUUGAUAUCAACUAUAUUUCUCACAUUAAAUUCUGCUGUUCCUAAUAAGCAUUCAAGAUUUGAGGGGUAUUUUAGAUGGACUAGAUGACAUUUUAAACGAGUGGGUUUUUAAAUGGACAUAUUCAUUCAAUAACAGAAAACUUAAGAAUGUCUUUUACUGUAUGCAUGGAUAAAUGACAGUCUGACAUUUAAAAUUUAAUGUUACUAAGAAUAAAUAAAAACGCUCAUUUUGUUUAAAAGCUACACAAACUUUCAAAUAGGAAAUGAAUAAAAGGCAUUUUAAAUAAAAACAAUGUAAUUAUGUAAAAUAAAGAAUAACGCAUAGAAAUAUUAGUAACACCUUUUAUUUCUCUUAUAUCACCUAUUAUCUCUCUUUACACUUCUCUUUUUUAUUAACUGACAGCAUUAAUUUCUAUUAUCAUUAUAAUUUCAGCAGAAGUUGCAUGAGAUACAAAAAUAAAAAGGGUAAAUCUCUUAAAUUCUAAAAUUAAAUUUAUUUCAAAAAAUGCUUUCAUAAUCUUAUUUUCCCUAUUUCUCUUAUUCAGAAUUGUUUGAACAUAUGUUAAUACAUAUUUCAAG